AUGUGGAGUAGCAAUAUACCCAGACAGCAGUGGUAUCCGGCUGAACUCGGGGGUGCAGCGGCUCAGACUAUGAGCACAGAUAAGAGCGGCGAGUUGGACUUCUCCACGUUUCUCAGCGUGAUGCACCGGCUUAUCCAGAAGGAGAACCCGUGGGUUGAGAUCAUGCAGGUGCUGAAGAUGAUGGACCAAAAGAAACAAGGCUUCAUCAUUGAGUCUGAGCUCAAAGCCAAGCUCAUGGGACUUGGAGAACGACUCACAGAUGAAGAAGUGAAUGAAUCCAGCGUGGCGUCUGAUGGACGAAUCGAUUAUGAGGCGUUUAUAAAGACGGUGAACAAACCAGAAUUCCAGAACUUCCCUGUUUCUGCAAGAAUCCCGUCGGACCGGUUGUGUCAGUGGUUUAACUGUCCAGAUAAUUCAAAGUCUCGUUCAUUUAUCGUAACAGGAGUUGUGUUUUAA